AUGACUAAUGGUAAUACUACCACAUACUGAGGUGUGUGCUGUGCCAUCAAAAUAUUAUGGAAGAUAGAGAUAUACAGGAAUUCAACAUUUCAGCAAAGUCUCUACUGAUCAGUUCUAGUGCACACUUGCUGUGUGGUCGGCUCUGAAAUGUCAGCAGGAAGUGACUAGCCUGCAAUACUUUACCUUGUCAUGGGACAACAGAGUCUUGCUGAAAGAACCUAAAUGUCUGACAGAAAAUCUAACAUUGUGAAUGCGGCAGAAUAUCUUCCAUGAUCCUGAAAGAAUGCAAACACCUGAUUUAACCUCUUGUUGUCUGUGAACAAUCUCAAAAAGAAAAACCGAGGUUUAAAGUUUGAUGCAUGCACCAACAGUGUAACAGCUGAAAGAAAAAGGACAGACACCCUGCUACUCGAAGUUGCAAACUUUCUCUGACUUGGUCUGGCUUCAGUUCACCCGAAUUUCAUUCAGAAUAUUGGAAAAUGAAAACAGAGAUGGAUCUAACAAAAAUUGUGGACCUGAGCUUUCUGUCAGAAGAAGAACAGUUAGCUCUUCAGCAAGUCCUUAAAAGAGACGCUGCUCUGCGAAAGCUUGAUGAAAAUCGCAUCAAAAAACUGAAGAGAAACAGCUUUGAUAUGAAAAAGUUGAAGGUGAUGACCGGUGAAUGGUUUGCUGAAGUUAAAGCAAAGCGCUAUGGAGACCUUUCCAGUGGCAUAGACAUCCUCAAGAAUUCAUUUAACAGAAAAAAGAAGAUACCAGUUGUUCAGGAUGUUCCAGUGAAGGCAUCUGAAGAUGUAAAUGUGUUUCUGAGUCCAAACUUUCAACAUCAAAAUGUUUGUUCAGAUCCUGAAGCUUUGAAAUCAGGGGAAAGGUAG